AAACUUGCACGAGUCAUGGGUAUCCACCAUAAUACUUUGCACUCCUACUUGAAGCAGAACAAUGUUAGCUACAAGUAUAGCUUAAUCUUGGAUGCUGACCUGGAUCAUGCUGUUUGGGAGUUUUGUCAGAUGAAACCAAAUUCUGGAGUUUGCUAUCUUACUGGCCAUCUAUGA